AGCCCGCGCGUACCAGGAAAAUUUCGAGCUCUGGCGCAAAAUUUCGGCAUCCCGCGCGUCUCGCAUUUUCGAUUCGGAUUUCUUCCUUUUUGAACCAGAGCCGCCACCACCGGGGCGGAACCACACCCUUCCGCCCGCCAGGCGCCCAGAUUGGAUUUCAGGCCGAGCAAACUCUCUAGGAUCAGCGGCCGGAGCCGGAGCCGGAGCAGAGAUUUGGGCCAGGCAAGUGAGGAAAGGGAGAAACUUUGGGUUGCUGCCUUGGUCGCCGGAGGGUGGGAGGGAGGGAGGGGCGCGGGGGCUUUCGGAAGCUUCGGUCGCCCGCCGCGCCGCCGUCAGGGCCCCCGAGAUGCCCGAGUCCACGGACGGCAGGAGGGCGGCCCUCGCCGACCUCUCCGGCGGGGCUGGCGGCGGCGGGUUCUUCAUCAGGAGGGUGGCCUCGCCGGGAUCCCUGGCAGCGAGAGGCAUCCGGAAGCCGCUGGCGCGGCGGUAUAUUUCGCCCUCGAGGAACAAGGAGAACCUGCUGCCGGUUUGGGCCUUGAGGGCCACGCCGAAGAAGAGGAGGAGCCCGCUUCCUGAAUGGUAUCCCAGGACGCCGCUCCGUGACAUCACGGCAAUUGCAAAGGCUAUUCAGAGAAGCCGUUUAAGGAUUGCUGCUGCUCAGCAGCAAAGCCAAAGGCCUGAGCAGUCUCCGCAAUCCGUAAACGUGACUACUCCAGGACAAGCAGAGCAGGAUGCACCUCACAGCGCUGAAGCUUCCAUGGCAGUUGCCUCUGGUUCUGGCUCAACUGAAAGAGAAACUGUUGCAAGCCCUGCAACUGUCUUGGCUGGUGAUAAUCUGAAGGUGUCUUCCUCGCCAGCGGAAAGCUCAUCGAAGACUCCAUCCAAACCCAUGGAUCCUGCCGUUGCUGGCAUUGACGAAAAGAAACUGUCCACCUCAAUAGAGAAGAUAGAGAGGUUGGUGAGGAGAAACCUGAAGCGAACACCAAAGGCUGCUCAGGCCUCUAGAAGGGCCACCCAGAGGCGCAAUCUCAUGUCCAUGCGAUGAAUUCGCGGCUGUAAUUCAUGGUUGGGGAGGGGAGAAAGUCCACCUUAGGCUUGUCCUCCUUCACUUUGUCUGCUGCUUCCAUAGCUGCUAGCCAAACGUGCCAAUGCUCUGCCACUGCUGCUCUUCUUCCAACACUUGCCAUGGCAUGAUGUGAUGCCUAUGGGCAUUCCUGGUUCUCUUCUCGAGGACCAAAGAAUAUCGGGCUAUUGGCUUUCUGCUUGAGUUUGUAGGAUUUGCAGCUGCUAUUGUGAGGUGUGAUAUGGUCCAUGCUACUGUUGUAGUCUUGUAUAAUUAUGCUUACUUUUCUGUGUAUCCCAGUGGGUGGUCGAACGGAUGAAAUCUUGAAUUUUCUUCUGUUCUGCAAUAUCACCAUAGCCACCAGUGUCUGAAUGUUCUCUGUUGUGGCUGCUUGUAUGGAGUUUUAUGUCACAACAAGUUUGGUCAUGAUUCAUAA